GUGCGUAGCCUGCGGAUGCACCUCUUCACGGGCCUGCAGCUGGCGUGCCUGGCCGUGCUCUGGGCCGUCAUGUCCACCGCCGCCUCCCUGGCCUUCCCCUUCAUCCUCAUCCUCACCGUGCCGCUCCGCAUGUGCCUGCUCACCCGCAUCUUCACCGCCCGCGAGCUGAAGUGUCUGGACGCGGAGGAGGCGGAGCCGAUCUUCGACGAGCGGGAAGGGGUGGACGAGUACAACGAGAUGCCGAUGCCCGUGUGAGGGGUGCCAGCGAGUGACCCUGUGCAGGGCUGCGGGGCACAGGCAGGCCCCCGGCUGCUGCGCCAGGAGCUGCAGCGGCAUCGCCGGGACCUGCGCCAUCUCCAGCACCGUGGCCGCUUGGACUGUGCCCAGCACUCCCCCAGUGCCUGUGCCACGGUAGCCAUGAGACGCUCGCGUCUCACCCCACGGCCCGGGCUGCAGCGCCCUGCCCUGCGGGGGGCCUGCUACCCGCCCUGGGAAGGGAGUGGGGCCCAGGGGCUGGCGCGGGAGCAACUGGGCCGUGCCGCCUGCCCCCAGCAACUGCCGUCCGAACUGUAUCGUAUGCUGGAACCUGCUCCCGCCACAUCCUGUGUGCCCCCGGCGGGGUGGGGGGGCUGCACGAACAGACCUCCCUGCUCCAGCCCUGCCCCACCAGCCCCGGGCCCCACCCAGACAAUCAGGUGUUUACUAAAUUCCAUGGGGUUUUAUUUAAGAGAAUAAUUUAACUGUCAAUAAACAGCUUUCUAAAGAA